UAUAAUCAAUCGAAGGCUUUGACCUUGUUAGCCAUCUUCUCUCGAAAUCCAACGUAGUAAAUGAGGGCAGUGAUUGAAAACUCGAAAUAGAUUCAACAUCGUAGUUUGUUUUUAUUUGUCACUAAUAAGAUAACUACUGCGGAAAAUCAAUAUUAAAUACUCAUGAACCUUAACUUUUAAAUGUUUUUUAUUUUCUGAAAUGCUGUAUAGCAAUAGUUAAUGAGACUAAAUAAACUAAAGAAGGCUGUACAAACCAAAAAAAAUAAUUUUUCUACCAAAUAACAACAGAGAAUGCAUAUCAUCGCUAUCAAUUCAAGAUAUUUAACCCGAGUUCAAGUUGUGUUCAUUACAGUGAUGUGAAAUAAAUAAUCUGGCACAGCGGAAUAGUUACAAUUGUUAUUUUUAUAAAGUUUUAUUCCAUAAAAGAUGGAGUGUUUGAAGAAAUUAAAUCAAAAAAUACCAAGAAGAGCAAUACUCGGAAUAUUAAUGUUCUUUGCUUGUAUGUUUUCUUACGUAAUUCGAACCAAUCUUUCAAUCAUAAUUGUCGCAAUGGUGGAAGCCACAAAAAAAAGUCGAAAAGGUCCAUAUUGUACUGAUGUAAUAACAAAUUCUUCAACAAAAACAGCUACGGUUUAUAUUGAUGAAAGAUAUGCAUGGGAUCCAAAUACUCAAGGAUUUAUACUAUCAGCCUAUUUUAUUGGUCCCUUGAUAUCUAGCGUUCCAUCAGGAAUUUUAGCUGAAAAAAUCGGUGGCGCCCGAGUGGUUGCAUACGCUACACUAAUUCCAGCUAUCCUCAAUUUAUUAAUGCCCUAUGCCGCAAGUUUGCAUUGGGGUCUUCUCUUACCUCUCCGAUUUUUGAUGGGGUUGACAGGAUCAGCUGUAUAUCCUGCUUUACAUGCGAUGAUAGCACGAUGGGUCCCACCAAAUGAAAAAGGUCUAUUCGUAUGGACAAUGCAAGGUGGACCAUUUGGAACUUUCAUCACUUUUACCUUGUGCUCUCUAAUAAUUAACUUUUAUGGAUGGAAAGCCGCUUAUUGGACGACGAGUGGACUAAUGCUUAUAUUCUGGGCGGCUUGGGUUUGGCUUGUAUACGAUACGCCUGCUGCUCACCCCAACAUUACUCAAGAAGAAAAACGUUACAUUAUGGAAUCUAUUGGUUCAAAUGUUAGUAAGCAGAAAAGUGUUCUUCCGGUUCGUGAGAUGGCGAAGUCACUGCCAUUAUGGGUAUUAUUAUGGGCACAUUUCGCCAACAUGUGGGGAAUAUAUUUUAUCUCUAUAAAUGGACCAAAAUAUACAUUACAAAUAUUGGGAUUAAACAUGAAAUCUGGAGGGUUCCUUACCGGAUUACCUUAUAUCGCUCGUUUAGGAGCGGGAGUUUUGUUUGCAGCUGCCGGUGAUUUUUUCAGAAGAAAAAACAUUCUUACUAUUAUUAAGAUCCGUAAACUUUUCAUGAUAUGUUCACAUAUUGCUCCCGGUGUUGCAUUAAUUAUCAUGACCUACGUUGGAUGUAAUGCUUCUGUUGCGAUAACAAUGAUGAUUCUGGCAUUAGCAUUUAACGGAGCAGCAUGCCAAACCAGUUUACAAAAUCAUCAGGAUCUGGCACCCAAUUUUGCUGGAUCAAUUUACGGAGUAAUGAAUGUAUUCGGUAGUGUUCCAGGUUUUAUAAUAUCCCCGAUUAUUGGGGCUUUAACCAAUGCACACAAUGGUGUCGAAGAAUGGCGCUGGAUGUUUUUGCUCUCAGCAUUUAUUUUUUUUAGUACAACGAUAUUAUAUUGGAUAUUUGGAUCCGCUGAUAUUCAACCAUGGAAUAACAGCGAUAAAAUUGAUCAAGUAAAAAAUAUAGAAAAUGAAGAAAAAACUACAGUAAAGUUGACUGAAAAAAAUGUUACGUCGAGUGAUGACGAAGAAAAUGAACGUCUUUAAUAUAUUAACAACUACUUUUUAGUCAAAAGUAAACAUGUAUAUGGUUUUAUAUUUCGAAGAAAUGACAUAAAAAACAGUUUCUUAAAAUGUAUUAUUGAAUGAAAUAACAAUAAAUUUUUUUGUGAUUAAUAUA